AUGCGGUUACAUCUCCUGGGAUUGAUCGGGAUCUGUCUAGCGGGACUUGCAUUAUUGGUCUUUACCGAGAAUAUCAUUACUAGUAAUCUCUUUGCUGCGACGACACAUACAAAUAUCAUGGCUGUCCCGAGGGUUCUUGCUCGUCGGGUUUUCCGUUCAUCUUCUUCGUUGUUUGGAUUACGGGGCAAUAAUCUUGCUGCUGUUAAUACGCCUUCGCCUUUGGUGACUACUGCUGCUGCUUCUGCUACUUCUGCUGUUAGAUCGUUUUCGUCGACUGGGUCAGUGAAGAUGCCUUCUCAUAUGCCUAGCUCUGGUGCGCUCGUGGAUUUGGCCAAGGGUCGCCAUUCCAUCUACAAGCUCGGGAAAAAUAGCCCCGUGCCGGACGAGAAGAUCGAGGAGCUUGUCAAUCAAGCUAUUUUGAAUGUCCCUAGUGCGUUUAAUACGCAAUCGACCAGGUUGGUUGUUCUGCUGCAUAAGGAGCAUGAGCGCCUCUGGGAUAUCACGAUGGAUUUGUUCCAGGCCCGUGUGAAGGAGGGGACGCUGCCUGAGGAGAUGUGGAAGAAUCAGACGCAGCCGAAGUUGCAGGGGUUUAAGAAUGGAUUGGGAACUAUUCUCUUCUAUGAAGACCCCGCGCACAUCGAGCCUUUCAAGGAGAAGUUCCCUACCUACAAGGACCAGUUCGAGCCUUGGGCCCACCAUACUAAUGCUAUGCAUCAGUACUUCUUGUGGAUCGGUCUUGAAUCUCUUGGUUUCGGUGCCAACUUGCAGCAUUAUAACCCGCUUAUCGAUGCUCCUGUGGCCAAGCAGUGGGAUAUCCCUACUGACUGGCGGCUUAUCUCUCAGUUGGUGUUCGGUAGUCCCGAGGUAGAGGGCCAGGAGAAGCCGAAGAAGCCCGUUGAGGAGAGAGUGAAGGUUUAUGGCAAGUUGUAA